AUGCCACGAAAACCGAAAAAGAGCUGCAAUGUCUGCACCAAACCCGAUAGUGAUCGAAUGGUAGCUUGCGACAAAUGCCAACGUUGGUAUCAUUUCGAGUGUGUUCAGGUUGGAGACUCUGUCGCAGAGCGCUCAUGGUUUUGUCCCCUGUGCGAUAUUGAUAAAACGGCUGAAGCAACGACCAUGAAUCUCAGGAAAGAUGAUGACAGUAAAUCGCGCAUAUCCCAGGCGAGUACCUCCACGUCAGUUAAAGCGGCUAAAGCUGCUCUGGAGCUGCAACGUCUGGAGGAAGUCAAGCAGUUGGAGAUGAAGCGGAUCAACAAUGAGUUGGAUCAACAAAGGCAGGAAGCCGAGCUAGAAAGGAAACGGCUCGAAGAAGAACGGAAAAAACGUGAAGAAGAACAUGCUCUAGAAAAAACACAGAUCGAGAUCGCCAAGCGCCAACAGGAAGCCCUGAAGAAACUGGAGGAAAUGUAUUUGGCGGAGAAGUACAAAAUCCUCCAUGCCCAGAUCGACGAAACCAGUAGCCAGAGAAGCGUCCUCAGCUGUUCCAGGAAAUCAAGAACCGAUGAAUGGAUUGAACGUCUACCGGUUAUACCAAAUCCAGUAACAACGGACAAGCCACUGAUGCAUCCUUCCAGUGAAGAUAAAAUCCCGAAAAAUGGUCCUGAAAAUAAAGGUAAUCAAGCAGUUACACAUAUCCCCAUCCCGAAACCGUCAGUAUUGCCCCGGGAAUACAGUACUCCUAUAAUAAGAAAUAGGGCCAACGAUGGUCAGCACGGAUUCCCAAAUGAAUCUACCAUAAACCCGGAAAUAGCGCUUCAAAAUCAGGAAGGCUGCUCGGAAAGAAAUCGAGUAAAUAACGAACAGUGGAAUACGGUGAGCAACAGAGUCCUCACUAAUGCACAGAUAGCUGCGCGACAAGCUUUCCCUAAGGACUUGCCAACAUUUACGGGAAACCCGGAGGAAUGGCCCGUUUUCUUCCGCUGUUUCAAAAAUAUCUCACAAGAGUGUGGAUUGUCAAAUACAGAAAAUCUUAUCCGACUUCAACGCAGCCUGAAGGGAGAUGCACUAGAAGCUGUGCGAAGCCAUCUAUUGGAACCUGAAAUGGUGCCCUGCGUGAUAGAGACUUUGCAAAUGUUGUAUGGUAGGCCUGAAAUAUUGCUCUCUUCGCUUCUCACUAAAAUUCGAAACACUCCAGCUCCGAGGGAAGGAAAGUUGGAAACACUCAUCAUGUAUGGUCUAGCAGUCCAAAACUACUGCAACCACAUCAAAGCAGUAAAACUUGAGGAGCACUUUUCAAACCCCAUGCUGCUACACGAGUUGUUGGAAAAACUUCCAUCAGACUAUAAAAUGAAAUGGGCAGAUUACAAGGAUGGAGCUCAAGCUGUCGAUUUGAAACUUUUUGGGCAGUUCAUGCAUGAAAUAGUGAGGAAGGCAAGUACGGUCACCUUCCCGAGCAGCUUCAAGACGACAAAACCGGAAGAAAAUCGAAUCCGAGGAGGCACAACGAAACCGAAGGGUUAUUUGCAUCACAGUGACACGAAGUCUUCGGAAUACAAGGGUGGUCAAUCCCGCAGUGUAAAGGUAUGUCCAGCUUGCGAAAAGUCUGGUCACGAUGUGGAGCUCUGCGGUAAGUUUGUCAGUUUGUCUGCAGACGAACGUUGGCAGGUUGUUCGUUUGCACAAUUUAUGCAAAAGCUGCUUGAAAGAUCACAAUCCAUGGCCAUGUAGGCGCCCCAAGGAAUGUUCUGCAGAAGGUUGUCGUGUUCGUCACCAUCCCUGGCUUCACCUUCCGCCAUCUGGUCCAAGUCCUCAAAAUUACCAUAGGGCCAACUCCUCGAUAAUCUAUUGUAUCAUUCCAGUUACAGUUUAUAACGGGUCCAAAUCUAUUGACACGUUUGCUUUAUUCGAUGAAGCAUCCGAGGUAACGAUGAUCGAAACUAAUCUUGCCGAAAGUCUAAAUCUAGGCGGGACCUUAAAUCCGUUACACCUUAAAUGGACGGGCAAUGUAACCCGGAUUGAAGAGAACUCACGCACUGUAGAUGUUGCGAUAUCUGCUAAAAGGAAACUGAAGAAGUUCACUUUAAAAAAUGCUCGAACAGUUGAAAAACUUGAGCUGCCCGUACAGUCAAUUGAUUCGAAAAGUCUCGCUGAGAAUUAUCAUCAUCUUAGGGGAUUGCCCAUAGCUGAUUACGACUGCGCUCGUCCCCAGAUCCUCAUUGGCCUUGAAAAUAUCUAUCUGGGUACUCCGUUGAAAGUUCGAGAAGGAGUGCAAGGACAUCCGACCGCUACCAAAACCAGACUUGGAUGGUGCGUGUACGGAGGCGUUUCCGUACAGCGUAAUUUUAACUUUCAUCACACUGUUCUCAGCGGAGUAACAGAAGAAGAUCGUGCACUAUACGAACUAGUGAAGGAAUACGUCAUGAUCGAUAAUAUUGGAGUGGUCGUCAGUCCAACAACAUUGGAGUCGAAAGAAGAGCAGCGAGCACGCAUUCUACUUGAGUCCACUACUCGUCGUAUAUCUGGUGGUUUUGAGACGGGCUUGCUAUGGAAGACCGACGACAUAAAGCUACCAGACAGCUAUCACAUGGCUGAAACUCGUUUACGGUACCUUGAAAAGAAAAUCUACAAGGAUUCACGGCUCGUUGAACGCGUCAAGAAUCAAAUUGCUGACUACCUAGCAAAAGGAUAUGCUCACAAAACGACACCAUCCGAACUAUCCUCAGCGGACCCGGCCAAAGUCUGGUACUUGCCACUCGGCAUUGUUACAAAUCCCAAGAAGCCGGAGAAGCUCAGGCUCAUUUGGGAUGCAUCGGCCCGAGUCCAGAACAUUUCCUUCAACUCGAUGAUGUUGAAAGGGCCUGACCUCCUUUCGUCAUUGCCAGCUGUUCUCUAUCGGUUCCGGACUCGUCGGGUGGCGAUUUGCGGUGACCUGAAGGAAAUGUUCCACCAAAUCAAAAUAAAGGAAGAUGAUAAAUCUGCACAGCGAUUCCUUUGGAGGGAUAACCCGUCUGAUAAACCAACAAUUUAUACGAUGGAUGUAGCUACAUUUGGCGCGGCUUGUUCGCCUUGUUCCGCCCAAUAUGUUAAAAACAUCAACGCUUACGAAUACGAACAGCAAUUUCCAGCGGCGGUUGAGGCUAUAGUUUAUGGCCACUAUGUAGACGAUUACCUAGAUAGCAGAGACAAUGAAGAGGAGAUUAUUAAGCUGAUCAAAGACGUGAAGUUUGUGCAUCAACAGGGUGGAUUCGAAAUCCGCAAUUUUCUGUCGAAUUCAGCGUACGUGUUGACCGAAAUUGGUGAUGAAGGUUUUCCUGAAACUAAAGAUUUAAACCUGACAGUUCAAAUGAAAUCUCAGUCCGUUUUGGGCAUCAAGUGGUUGCCAGAGAGUGAUCUGUUCACAUUCACACUGAAUCUUCCUAGUCUAGACCCAGCUGUACUUGAUGGCUCAAUUCGCCCGACAAAACGGCAAAUUCUAAGGACAGUAAUGAGCCUGUAUGACCCACUUGGUAUGUUGGCAGCGUUUAUUAUUCAUGGGAAGAUCGUCAUCCAAAGUUUAUGGAAGUUGGGCUGCAUGUGGGAUGAGCAAAUCGACAAUUCUUCAUUUUUUUAUUGGAAGCGAUGGACUAGCAUGUUUUGUCACCUGGGUGACAUACGGAUUCCUCGAGCUUACUUCAAUACCGCCAUUCCAGAAAAUUGUCAUCCAAUCCAGCUACAUACAUUCGUCGAUGCAAGCGAGGAAGCGUAUGCUUGCGCAGCAUACUUUCGCUUCUACGAACGAGGUGCUCCACAUUGUGUACUCGUAGGAGCGAAGGCCAAAGUUGCUCCGGUGAAACCGCUUUCGAUACCCCGACUCGAGCUUCAAGCAGCAAUUCUGGGAAUACGUUUAGCAGAUUUUAUCCAGCGGAAUCAUCAGCUAUCCAUCUCUAAAAGAUUUUUCUGGACGGACUCGGCGACCGUGCUCCACUGGAUCCACUCCGACGCUCGCAAGUAUAAUGCUUAUGUUGCAUGUCGUAUCGGGGAAAUAUUGACAUCCACUGAGAUCGCUGAGUGGAAAUGGGUCCCAACGAAAAAUAAUGUAGCCGAUGAAGCGACUAAGUGGGGACAAGGCCCGUGUUUUAACGUAAACAGCCGAUGGUUCCGUGGACCAGAAUUUCUCUGGGAUCACCUAGAAUCCUGGCCAGAACAAAAGUGGAAACCAUCUAACGAGAACGAAGAAAUGCGGUCAACAUGUUUCCAUCACCAGAUGGCUUUGGAGUUGGUUAUCGACAUAGCCCGCUUUUCGAAGUGGGAACGGCUACUACGAACUGUCGCGUACAUGUUUCGCUUUGGCAUGCCCAGAAAAACAGCUGAUCAACCCAUUGGCGUUCAACCUAUAGAAUACCUUGAGCAACAGUUCCUGAAAAAGGCUGAGCUUGCCUUAUUUCGUAUUGCUCAGCGAGAAUCCUUUCCUGAUGAGUUGGCCGUGUUCGAGAGAAGCAGAAAUGGAAAGCCUGCGGGGGUGGUGCCGAUCACCAGUCCGCUAUACAAAUUAUCAGCGUACAUCAGUGAAGAAGGAGUGGUUAAAAUGGACGGUCGUAUCGGCGCCGCCCCCAACUUGCCGAUCGAAGCUAAGUACCCUAUAAUCUUAGCUAAGACCCAUCCAUUAACCUUUCUUAUUGUAGAUUAUUAUCACCGACAGUUCCUGCACCACAACGCCGAAACAGUCUUCAACGAGCUUCGUCAACGCUUUUACGUACCUGGGAUGCGAAGAUUAAUUCGUACCGUCGCCAGCCGGUGCCAAUGGUGCAAAGUUUACAACAAGUAUCCGGUUCAACCCAAGAUGGCACCACUACCGAGAGCCCGCCUGGUCGCCUUCCAGAGACCUUUUUCUUACGUUGGUCUUGAUUAUUUCGGACCCCUGAUGGUGAAGGUCGGCCGCUCUCACGUAAAACGUUGGGUGGCACUUUUCACGUGCCUGACCACCCGAGCAAUUCACAUGGAAGUUGCCCACAGCUUAUCUACAAUGUCCUGUAAGAUGUGCAUUCGUAGAUUCAUCGCUCGCAGAGGAGCUCCCAUAGAGAUUUAUUCUGAUAACGGGACUAACUUCCGAGGUGCCGCAAAUGAGCUUCGUGCCCAACUACAGGACAUUAAUCAACAAUGCGCCACAUCGUUUACAAACGCUAAUACAAAGUGGUACUUUAACCCCCCAGCAUCGCCACACACCGGUGGUGUAUGGGAAAGGCUUGUUCGCUCGGUAAAAACAGCGCUUGAGUGUUUUUACGACGUACCGAGAGUUCCCGAUGAAGAAACAUUUGAAACCAUUAUUCUUGAAGCGGAAAGUAUGGUCAACAGUAGACCCUUGACUUACAUACCAUUGGAAACCUCGAAUCAAGAAGCGCUUACACCCAACCAUUUUUUGCUGGGAAGUUCAAAUGGGGUCAAACAACCGUCGCAAAAUCCAACAAGCGCUCUUGAGGGUCUCCGUAGUAGCUGGAACCUGGCCCAACUUAUUCUUGAUGGCUUUUGGAAACGUUGGCUGAAGGAGUACCUUCCGACGAUUGCUAGACGCACUAAAUGGUUCACAGAAACCAAACCGAUCGAGCCUGGGGAUCUAGUUUUUGUGGUCGACGACAAGAAACGGAACAGCUGGAUCCGAGGCCAAGUUGAGGAGAUCGUUCCGGGGAAAGAUGGGGUGGUCAGGCAAGCACUUGUUCGAACAAACGCUGGUACUAUUCGCAGAGGUGUCGGAAAUCUAGCCGUUAUUGAUGUCAUUAAGGAUGGUGAGACAGCGGAUGCUAAAGCUGAAACCUCGCCUCACGGGGUGGGGAAUGUUACGGCCGAAAAUGUAUCCUCCAACCCCUCGAUUUCUGACGGUUCACCGAAGGACAUGGAUGGCAACCCGGCGGGAAUGGAUUAG